GGUGUUACCGGAAUUCAUAAACCAUUGGUGUUGAGUCCUGUAUUGUCCGAAUUUUUGCAUGCUGAAGAGCUUUCUCGUCUCGAAGUCGUGAAACGUCUAUGGAAAUAUAUCAAAGAAAAUAGUCUUCAAGACCCAAAUGAUAAAAGAUUCAUUGUUUGUGAUGAAAAUUUGAAAAAUAUAUUCAAACAAGAUAGAAUUCAUAGCUUUACAAUGAACAAGUAUUUGACCGAUCAUCUGAAAAAGAAAGAAGAUCUAGUUGAUGGUGAAACUCUGAAUGUUAGUAGUAAUGGCAGUGAUCACGUGGAACAAA